AUGGUCGGUUUAAGUUUGUUGGUGGCACUCGCUGCCUUAGUUUCCUGUGGACUAGCGGCGGACUUUAGGGUUCCAAUUCACCGGCACCAUCGCCGUGGAGAACGCAAUUUUGCUACGAAACCUUCUCUGGAAGUCGGACACCGGGUUCGGCAUCACAACCGAAGAGUGAAUAAAACCUUUGCUUUCGAGCAAGGUAUCGGAUAUUACUAUCAGUAUGAUAUCAUGCUGAAACCGGAUGUCGAGCAAAAUGCAGUUCCGUUAGGAAGCAGUCAAACCAUAAGGUGGCCAAACGCAGUUGUGCCGUAUCAGAUUAUUGGAAGCUUUACCGCUUCUGAGCUUGCCAAUAUCCAGUAUACGGUCCAACAUUAUGCAGCAUUGACGUGUGUUCGAUUUGUGCCUCGCACCACCGAGGAACAAUACAUUAGGAUCAAUAACUCAGACACUGGAUGUUGGUCUUACGUCGGAAGAAGUAUGAGCAAUGACUACAACUUAGUGAAUCUACAAAAUCCGGGAUGUAUGAGCACUGGUACAGUUGCUCAUGAGUUUAUGCACGCUCUUGGAUUCUACCAUGAGUUCACCCGACCAGACCGGGACGAGUACAUAUCUGUUGACACUACUGCUCUGCUGCCGCAGUAUCAAACAACUUCAUUCUAUAAUGCUAACUUUGCUAAGCUCUCGUACGCUCAAGCCGAACUGUAUGGCAUUCCCUACUACUACGGUAGUGUGAUGCACUAUUCUAAGUGGGGAGGCGCUGCGAGCUACAGCAAGCCAGUUAUGAACAAUAAGACAUAUUGGCCUGGUGACUUCGGUAACAAUACUGGAUUGUCUGCGUCUGAUGUUCUGGCAAUCAACUAUAUGUAUUGCAACUCGUCAACUGUUACUACGACUACUUUGGCUCCGACAACAACUACAGCUGCCACUACUACGACGACUACUGCUAAAUUGCCAACUACCACAACUACAGUUGCCACUACUACGACGACUACUACUAAAUCACCAACCACCACAACUAAAGCGCCGACAACAACCACGACAACUACUGCUGCCACUACUACGACGACUACUACUAAAAUACCUACCACCACAACAACUACGGCGCCGACAACAACCACGACAACUGCUGCUCCCUCAACGAAGAAGACGGCGAUUUGCGUUGUUUAUUUGUUCAGAAUUUGCUUUUUUUACUAUUAAAACAUAGUUUGAUUUCAAAUUUCACAACUAGUUAAAAAAUAUGAUUUUAUUUUGUAUCUGGAAAUUGGUUUGUAUUAUUUUUCUAUAGAUGAUAUUUCCCUCAUAUUUUUAAUGGAGAACGAGG